ACACGAGUUCUCCGAAUUUCCUCUCCUUAAGCUAAAUGGUGGAGUGAAAGUAAAUAUGACAUAAUACUUACCUGCUUGGUAACAGGGGACACCGGGAAUUGAUACAUAUUUAUGGUUUUAACCUCGCACGAUCGUUCUAAAACUAUAAAUAAUGAAUGAGUCAGCUGUUAUGGCCAAAAGAACUGGAAUUGUGUUUGAUGAAAGGAUGAAAAAGCAUUUUAAUGAAUGGGAUGCAACUCAUCCUGAGGUUCCUGAUAGAAUACAGCGGCCAUAUGACAAACACAAGGAAUAUGGUCUCCUGGAAAGGUGUCAGGAAAUCCCAUCUCGACUUGCUACAGAUGAAGAGCUGCUUAGUCAACACAGUAAAGAACAUGUAAACAAGAUGAUAUCAUCACAGACCAUGACAAAAGAGGAACUGUACAACAUGGGGGCUUGUGAUUAUGACUCUGUCUACAUGAGUGAGCAUGCUUGUGAAAGUGCUCGUGUUGCAUGUGGUUGCACUCUAUCUGCAGUGGAAGCUGUUGCAACAAACAAGGUUCAAAAUGCAGUGGCUAUUGUAAGGCCACCAGGGCAUCAUGCUGACACUGAGUUUGCCAUGGGUUACUGUUUUUUCAACAAUGUGGCUGUUGCUGCAAAAAUAGCUCAACAAAGAUGGAAUGUGCAGAGGGUUCUAAUUGUGGAUUGGGACAUUCAUCAUGGCAACGGCACUCAACACCUCUUUGAAUCUGAUCCCAGUGUUUUGUACUUUUCCAUUCAUCGAUACGAUCAUGCCCAGUUUUUUCCUUUUUCUACUUCUGCUAAUUUUGAUGUUGUCGGCAAUGGAACUGGCAAAGGGUAUACUGUGAAUGUACCUUGGAAUGAGAAGCAUAUGGGUGAUGCUGAUUAUUUGGCCGUUUUUCAUCACAUUUUACUUCCUAUUGCUUAUGAGUUUGAUCCUGAUCUUGUUUUGGUGUCGGCUGGUUUUGACUCAGCUCAAGGAGAUCCAAAGGGACUUUGUGAUAUAACACCAGAAGGUUACCAUCACCUUACAAGAAUGCUGAUGAAUUUAGCCACUGGAAGAGUAGUUGUUGUUCUUGAGGGAGGUUAUAAUCUUACUUCAGUGGAGGAAUCUAUGUGUGCUUGUACUUCUUCUCUUCUUGGAGAUCCAUGCCCACAACUUGAUGGCCCCAUGACACCUCGUGACAGAUGUUUAGAGACCAUAGUAAAUGUUGUUGGUGAACAGAGCAAGUAUUGGAAGUCACUGAAGCUUGCAACCUUGUUAAGUGGAAAUAUCCAAGAUGCUGAAGACAAAUCCAAAGAAGAAAAGAAAAUCAAAUAUCCAAGAUUCCCAAGUGACUUCACAGCUUACUGUUGAGUGUCAAAAGCGGAUGAUUCAUGGAUGCUUUCUUCUAAAAUUAUUGGAAAAGCUCUGAAAUCUCGCGAUGAAUUAAUAGCAAUAAUAUGUAAUGAUAGAAUGUUAAUUUAUCCUGUAAUUAUUAAUAAUCGAGUGACAAAUGUUUCUGUACAUUUUAGUUUGUAAAUUUCAAAUUGUUCAUUUAACAGGCUUAUUUAUUUACUGGUC